UUCAAUUAUUUCGAUUUAUUUCGUUUGUGUGCGCAAUUGGAUGUAUUGGCGGGAAAUAAGAAGAUAUAAACACAUUACGUUUGUUUUAACACAGAUUUGAUUUAAUUAAGUUAAUUAAUAAUUCGAACUUGAUAACGUUUUCAGAGCAAGAAUAAAUAUAUAAAAACGUCAGAUGGCAGAAAGACUUGAAGAUCUUAAUUUACCAAAUGCAGUUGUAACUAGAAUUAUAAAAGAAGCAUUACCAGAAGGAGUUACAGUUGCCAAAGAUGCUAGAACUGCAGUAGCAAAAGCAUCUUCAAUUUUUAUACUAUAUUUAACAUCAUCAGCAAAUAUAAUUGCUAAAAAAGGAAAUCGUAAAACAAUAAGUGGCCAGGAUGUUAUUCAAGCGAUGACUGAUAUAGAGUUUGAUCAAUUUGUUGAUCCACUACAAGAAUCAUUAGAAAAUUUCCGUAAAGCUCAAAAAGAAAAGAAAGAUGCAACAUCUAAAAAAAAACAACAGAAGAAAGAUGAAGAUGAUCUAAUAGAGGAAGAAGAUGCAGGAAGAGAAGUUAUGGUUUUUUGA